GUUCAUAAAAGCGCGUUCUUGAAUGAAAGUCAAACAGAUAUAUUUUUUUUAAUUUACGUUUAUUUUUUUAUAUGAAACUGAGGUUCAUUACACAAAGUAUUGAUUAACGUACUUAAUGUCUGAAUUAUGUAUGCCACUAAACGCAACAUUUGGAGAUUGUAACAUGAAUCAUGAAAUAUUUUGAAUUUGUGUUAUAAACGGAAAGAAUCGAAUCUUUUACGACAGUCAGCGAAAGGAUUCGGCGGGACUUCGUAGCUUACUCGGCAAGGUCGCUCGAUGCCUGUUCUGAGAUGAAGGGAUAAAAAUAAUGGAGAAAAGUUACUGUCAAUUUUCAAAUACAGGCGGUUCGUGGCUUUCCUUUCCAGAGCCGGAAGAGGACAGCGAUUCAGAAGGGGGGAAUAACAAUGUUUUACAAGAACGGCAUGCAACAUUAUUGCCUAGAAAUGAAAUGCAAUUGUAUGGCCAUUGCCCAGCACACGAUAAUUUUUCCCUGGUUACCUGCAAUGAAUGUGGAAAAAUUCUUAAAACUUUGCUGUUUACCAGGCACUGUGAAAUUUACCAUAAAAAUCUUCUCUCAUCAAUUCCUACUCAAAAACUGCCUCCUGAAGUAAAACGAAAUAAAAACAUUAAAGUGAUGCAACCAAAGGUUGUCAUCAAUAAACUAAACAUGAUUAAGACAGAAAGUAUGGACAUUGAUACAAUUGAUGUUAAGAUAGAGGAGGCUCCUCCUGUUAUUCCCAAAGUUGAGAACAAUGAUAUCCCAGAGCAGAUUGUUGUGACAGCAAGCAAUGUUGUUACAAACCAUGCAUUGAAGAAGAGCAAUUCAUUAAAAAAAGGAAGCAAGGACUCUCCCAGAAAAUUUCUUUUGACAAAAGAUCGUGAAUAUGAUCCAAAUCGACAUUGUGGUGUAUGGGUUGAGGAAUUGCAAAAGAAUUGUACCAGAUCUUUGACUUGCAAGACGCAUGCAUUGUCAUUACGAAGAGCUGUACCUGGAAGAAUAAAGGAAUUUGAUAUGUUACUUCUUGAACACCGUGAAAGAGUCAAUCUUGCAAAAGAACAACAGUUGCUUUCUAAUGCUCAAAAUAUGUCUUCAAAUUCAACUGGUAGCUGUGCAAAUAAAUUCUCUGACCAAAGAAAUGGUCUUGCAAGUCAAGCAGUUAGUGGAGGUGGUCAGUUAAACAAGGAUGUUGCAUUUAGUCUUGCUUUCAAAUCACAACAUUCAAAUUUAGAUGAUGAUCAAUCAGAUUUACAGUACCUCAGUUAUCAUCCAAAGCCUCUUGCAUGUUGCAAGUUUGGAGCCCGACGAGGAGGUCCUGGUCAUUAUGUCUUCAACAGAAGAUCUGAUCAUCUUAGGACUACAGUUUUGUCGAUGGUGGAAAGGUUGUUACAUCCUACACAGUCAAGGCAAACUGUUGGAAAACAUUCUGUACACAGAAGAUAUAACACUAAGACUGCUGGUCAGUCCUCUAAUCAAGGUUCAAAUAUAAGAAUAGACGCUUCAAAUCGUGCACGUUCUACAAACACGAACGCAGCGCCUACAAAUAGUACGGUAUUUCGAAAUUCAAACAAACAGAAAACGUCUCGAUCGACUAGUUCAGAGCGAGGCUCUCAAUCUAGUAGGACUUCCAAACAAACAUCUUCGGGACUUACUGUAUCCCAGCAUACUACGGCUCAACGAUCUUCAAGUGUUCAAGGAAAUAUUAUUUCAGACACGUCUGGUUUAUCCAAUUCUCAAAAUGUCAGAGUUCCUACUGGGGAGAGCUCUGGUGCGGUGAACACAACGGAAAUGGAAUCCAGCUUAACUUUAGGAAAGAAUCUUGGAAUUGCUGACCCGGCAUCUGUGUCGGUUAUAUUAAAUGGACCAAUCACAACUGGGGAUUUAUUGAGUAAUCAUGUACAGACGUCAUCUGCAAAGGGUUUUUCUCAGGUACCUUCGCCACGAGGAUCGUACGUUAUACCAGCCUCGCCUUCCUCACCAGCCUCUGGCGUGUAUUGCAAGACCAACCAGGUUGCCAAUCAAGUGGAUGUAUCUUCAGCUGCCACAACAGCAAUGUCUCCUCCUACGGUAUUUCAAAGACAGACUUCAACUGGGAGUCAGCAGUUAAGUACACUGGUCAAUGGUACCGCACCAUCACCACCUGCUGGUGGUACUGUAAAAGGCUAUACUACAAAUUUUGUUCCAAAAUCUUCACAUGUAAAUACCAAGGCGAUGUCAUCUAAUGCCGGCCAUUCUAUGUCAAACUUCGUUCAAGGACAGACUGUCGUUUUUGCUAAUACAAAUAUAUCUCAACUACAAGGGCAACCAAUCUCACAAUCAAUGACACCUCAGAUCAAUCAAGACAAAACACAUGCUCAAAGUACUCUUUUCCAACGACCUCUGACAUCACCCGGCCGAACUUCCUGCCAACCUCCUUCGCCCCAGAUCCCUUCACCAGGACGACAAUCACCACAGCGGUCACCUAGCAACGCCCCAUCACCAAAAUAUCAACAUCCACUGUACCUCAAUCAUCAGCAUAUUCCUGUCUCGACUCAAGCUCCAAUCGCGCAACUCAAACAACAAGUUGAAAACCAAGGGCAACAGCUACAACAAAUAAAAUUUCAACAAUUACAACAGCAACAAUCGCACAAUCCUCCACGACAACAAGGUGAUCAACAACAACAACAACAACAAUCACAACAACCUUUGCAACAUUCAAAACCACCUCAAUACCGCACCCAACAACGUAUUGCCCCGGCACCAAUACAACCUUCGCAACAGACAACAUACCUUCUGCAACAAUCUCAAACUAACCAUACGCUCUCGUUACGACCUGCCAACGGGCAGGUAUUAAAGACAUCAAAUACGGUAUUUAUAACAAACGAUAAUCCUCCCAGGGAAAUACAGUUUUCUCUCAGUCGGAACGCCGCGAACACUGUAGGAUAGACGAAUGGUCAAAAUUGCUCGAUCCCCAUUCUGUAUAGAUUGCUGUCUUUCAACGACGAUAUACAUUUGUACAUAGAAUUUUAUCGUUACAAAAGAGUGUACUCUUUUGAAACAGUAAAGAUUGGUGAACUUCAGCACUUGCCGGGACCAAGAUACUAUUAUUCCGAUCGCAUCCUGAUAAGAAUUGACCCCGCGAAUACACUGGAACGGUGUAUUAUAUAUAGCUCAGAUGGAGCUGCUUUGCCAAAUCCACCAACUGCAUGACCAUGUGUUGUCAAAUACGCAAACAAGGUGGUCAAUGAGAGUUGGUUUUGGGGAUUAUUUAUCAGAAGGCAGUAUUUUUGUAAAUUUCUUUCUUGUGCUUGUUCCCAGGUGGGGUGAAACAGAGUAUUCCAUUUAUUUUGAAGAGAACUGGUGAAUAAUAUGUGAAAUGUUUACAAUAAUUUAUAUAUUAUUUGGUAGUAUUGUAAAAAUUUAGAUAAUGCACUUGUACUAAAAUCUCUGAAAUAUUUAUAUGCCAAUAUUA